UGUUGUGAUUGGAUGCGGGUUGUGUACGUCAUCACUUGCCUCGUCGCGGUCUUAUGACACGCGUGUUUUGGUUGAAGAUGGCUGAACGUGAAGCGCUAAAAAGAGAAAUAGAGCAGCUGCAAAAUCUUAUUGAUGACUAUAAAAACACUCAAGGUGGAUUUCCCUCAAGCUCCGCCCAAUGGGAUCGAGCCAGACGGGGUUCACGGAGGGGUCGGGGUCAUGGAUCACACUACACACAGUCAUACUCAGCAUUGCCACAGCCAUAUGUACAUAAUUCUGCCGUGAGCUGGAGGAAAACUUACUCACUUAGCAACAAGUCCACCAGGGCUACUGGGAGACAUGUGUCUCACCCUUAUACCCAUGUGUCUAAUGUAAACCAUCCCUCUCAUCACAUCAGCACCACAUCUACAGCUGUUUCAGGAGUUGAUACAAAAAUUGUUAGGAGCAGUGAAAAGACACCAGAAAAGCAAACAAAAAGUACAUCUGCAGGAUCUUCAGUCCAAAGUAAAACUUCACAGGAAAACACCACAGUACAGACAACCAGUGAACGGAGGACUGUGCUUUUACCAGCAGCUAGACAAACUUUUCCUAACCGUUCAUCUACCAGUAACACGGUGGAUUCUGCUUUAUCAUCAACAGAUCAAAAAGGUGAACCUGAAACGAAGAUAAAACCCAAUUUAAAAUCAUCCUCGACUGUGACUAAUCCCUCUGACUUAAAAAUCAAAGCAGACCUCCCUGCUCCUGCCUUAUCUAGUAGGACUGUCAUAAUGCCAGCAAUCAAUAAGGAUCCUCCUUUGGCUUCUUCUGACUGUAACCUUAAAUCUCAGGCUUCUUCAAGCCCGACAAAAGUCAUACUAAAACCAGACUCAACACAGACAUGUGUCGGCGUGCACCAUAAGCGAUCUCAGUUUACCUGGGUAAAAAACCAAGAGGUUGUAAACAUAAAAACCCAAGAGGUCGUAAACAUAAAAAACAUUCCUAAGGCGGAAGCUUGCUCCAUAGAGACAUCUCUCUCCCCUGCCCAUGGAUCCUCUCAUGGCACUACCUCUGUCAAACGAGUCUCUGGCUCAAACAAAAAAAUCUCUCGCAAGCCUACUCUUUCCUCUGGAAGUCCUAAGACCUCAAAGUACACCUGGGUGUCUUCAGCUUGUUCCUCAUCGACAACUGGGAAAACAAACACUUCAAGCAAACACCUACGCAAGCCACUUUCACCAAAAUCAUAUAAGGCGCCUGUAAGAAUAAUUCAGGGUGGACUUGAAGGACCAAAGAAGCUAAAAAAUGUCACAACAUCAACAGUAGUAGCUAAAAAAUCUAAAACUGGCUUUGCCUCCACAUCUCCUGUAAGCCACACCAGCCGCUAUUGCUGGAAGGCAGCCGGGCAAAGUGCUACAUCAAAUACAUCUGGCUCAGUUCCUGCGUCUAUCCGUAAGAACACUGCGUAUCAGUGGACUGCAAGUAAGAAUAAUCCAAAAGGGGAAAGGGGGCAUUUUAUGUCCUCAAGCCCAGCCCACUCAAACCCUCCCACCACUUCUAUAUCAGCUGGUGCCUUCAAGCUUAGGAGCAGAACCAAGAUCAUCAGAAGGUCCGCUAGCAAUACUCCUUCCUUAGAGAGGAGAAACAUCCCUGUUGUGGUGACAUCAAGGAGCCGGUAUUCACUGCGGAGGCGUACACCCAGUCAGGUGAAGUCUCCGACCAGUGCCAAGCGAGCACAGUCCAAAGUGCUGGUUUCAUUUGGCAAGCACAAGCUGCGCCGCCUCUCUCUGACAGCCGCUUCCUUGGGGAACUCAAGAUCAGGCCCCCUCUUUCCUUCAGUCCGAAGCCAGACGUCACAUAGGGUCAUCAAAACACGCUACAAGAUUGACACGCGCAGAGCACAAGCAAUCCACCACAGCCCUGCUCUUUCUUACAGGGUCAGGAGAGUCCAGUCGGCCAGAAUCCUCCUGCAGAAUCGACUGAGGACCACAUCAGAAAGACAUUGGAGGGGGCGGAGCAUGAGAUGGAUAGGCGGAGCACUAUACAGAGUCUCAGCCAAUAAGCUCUCUCGCACUCAUACUGUCUGCACGCCUAACAGUAAACCAGGAGAGUGGUACAAUCCGGAUGUUUCCUUAACUAGCAACAUGACCAAAACAUCUGCCACGCGAUACAUAGCCAACCGUGCUGUGCAGAGGAGUUUAGCUAUAAUCCGACAGGCCCGUCAGAAAAAACAGAAAGCCAAGCAGUACUGCAUGUACUACAACCGGUUUGGCAAAUGUAAUCAUGGAGACGCCUGCCCCUACAUCCAUGACCCCGACAAAGUGGCGGUCUGCACCAGGUUUCUACGUGGCACCUGCAAACAGACAGAUGGAUCGUGUCCAUUCUCUCAUAAAGUAGCCAAAGAGAAGAUGCCUGUGUGCUCAUACUUCCUGAAGGGGAUCUGUAAUAACAGUAGCUGCCCCUACAGCCACGUCUAUGUUUCUCGCAAAGCAGACAUUUGCAAGGACUUCGUAAGAGGUUACUGUCCUCAGGGUGAUAAGUGCAAGAAGAAACACACUCUUGUGUGUCCGGACUUCUCCAGCAAGGGUGUCUGUCCACGUGGAUCCAAAUGUAAGCUCCACCACAGACAAAGCACAAAACGUACCGGCUCUAACUCGAACCCGGUACCGGCCAAGAAAGCCCGCAACAGAGAUGUUUUGAAAAGAUCAGUGGAAGAGAAUCGUCCAUCUGCAGAAUCCACACAGGAAGAUGAAGACCCAUCCUGCUCUGAUCCUAAGAAGCUUCCCUCCUUCAUUUCUUUGUCCAGCUCUCCUGACACAGCGGAGAACGGUGAUGCCCAAGAGCUUCUUCCUGCAGCAGGCCCACAGGCCAAAGGAAAAAAACUACAUAUCAAGCCACGCUUCUAGCUUCUGUGUUCAGAACCCCUACCAAAGGUGGGCUGCGGUUCUAUGGUGGGUUUAUUUUAUUCUUUAAAAAAGAAUCUGUGAAAUGUCUUUGUCCUAUUAUUUCAGAAAUUCAAGUUUCUCUUGAACCUUUAUGGAAUAUUCUCUUUUAAUAAAUGAGCCGAUUUGGUUUUAAGUCACUCGCCUUGUUUACUUGCAAGAAAUCAAAUAUGCGAAUUCCAGAAAUUAUAUUUAUAUUUAUUUCCCGGAAUAUGUCUUUUAAGUUUAUCAAAUUGCGGAACCCUGUAUCUCAGUUUAAAUAGGUCUGCAUAAUGAGAUGCCCAUUCAUCAAAAAUAUGCCGAAGUUUAUAUUUUGAGUUCGUGGAAUUAGUGUCAAAGUAACACUCAGGGAUUUUUAAAAACUGCAUUUCGAAGUUUCUAAGCUUAUUAUGCAAACAAGGAACAUAUUUUAUUGCUUUGAAUGUAAUCUUGAGAAGUGUUUUAAAUCAAAAGCUUGAAAUAAAAUCACUUUGAAAUUUG